AUGAAACAUAUUGGUGGAUUAUUAUUCAUUGGCUUUGUUAUUUUGCUAACAUUGGAACCUUCGAUUGAAGAAAAUAUUUUCAUUUCCCAAAGCAAUGAAAAACCUACACCAAAAAAUUUCAACUCAUUAUCAGAAGUCGAUCAAACUAAUGAUGAGAAAUUAAUGAGAAAUAAAAGAAACAUUAAUGAAAAUGAUGAUUUAGGUGCAAGCAGAAGUGCAGGUCAAUCAAAUCGGAACAGCAAUGGAAAUCAACAACAAAAUUCUAGAAGAUCAGAAGGAAGAAAUGGAAAUGGAAGAGAAAGAUCUCGUUCAUCAGUUAAUAGACAGAAUAGAAGAAAUAAUGAUGGAAAUAGACGAAGCGACUCCAAUUCAAACACAAGACAACAAUCACGUGGCACUUCUAAUGGAAGACAAGGGAAUAGACGAAGCGACUUCAAUCCCAGCACAAGACAACAAUCACGUGGCACAUCCAAUGGAAGACAAGGAAACAGAAACCAACGAAGGGAAUCUCGUCAGGGAAUGUUCUCCAGAAUCACUGGGAACAACGAUGGUCAGAAUAAUGACAGAAAAAUUUCAUCUCAAAGUUCAAAUCAAAUUAAUAAUAGACAAAAUCAGAAUAAUGAACGUAGACAAAGUGGACAGGGGAAAAAUAGAAAUAGAAGAGUUCGAGGAAGACAACAAAAUCAAAGACAAAAUGAAGAUUCGACUAAGGCAGAUGCACAUCAAAAUCACAAUCAAGACAAUGGCGUCAAUACAGAAGAUGGACAACAAAAUCGCAAUCGUGGUGUUGUUAAUAAUAGAAGAAGGAGAAGAAGAAGAAAUCAUAAUCAACAAGAUCAAAACAAUGUGAAUGAUCAUGAAAAUGACAAUCAAAACGAUCAAAGAAAUGUUGCAAAUCAUCAACAUCACCCUAAUCAACCGCAUUCACAAUCGGGAAAUGAAAUUUCCAAUAAUUAUAAUGGUGGAAAUAAUCAAGAUCGCCAAUCUAAUCAGAAUAAUAGAAACAAUCGCAGUCAACGACGUAGAGUUUUCAAUCGCAUAUUUUCCAAUAGAAAUAAUGAAAGAUCGAAUGGAAUUAAUGAUCAGCAGCAGCAUAAAAAUCAUGACGAACAUGACGACAAUGAUGACAAUCAAAGAACUUCAAAUAAUAGGAACAACCGCAUUCACAGAGUUCGCAGAAGAAUCUUCAAUCGUAUAUUUAGGGGAAGAAGCAACAUCAAUCACAAUAUUCAAGAUAAUUCAUAUAAUCGAAAAAUAAAUUCACGGCAAAGUGAUGAUCAACAACAUGGCGGUCAUGGACAUGAAAUUAACGAAGGAAAUCACGAGAUUAGCAAUAAUCAUGGUGGAAUAACAAGCGGAAAUUUUCAUGUUAUUGAACAUCAAAACAAUAAUCAUCAUAAUGGGGAAAUGGAAAUGAAAAACAUCGAUUUUAAUGACCACCAUUUAAAUGAACAUAACACAGGAAGUGCGAAUAUUCAUAAUCAUCAUGGCGUUAGCAAUUUUCAUGGAUUUGGUUGGUCGCCAGUUAUUCAUAAUGGUUUUUAUAAUCCAUCAAUUCCAACUUCAAACCAUCACUUUAGUGGACAUUCAUCGUGGAGUUCACUUGACAACAUUCACAAUGGACAUCAUGGAUCUUUUACUGAUAACAUGAACAUGAACAUGAUCAAUCAUGAAAAUGGAAAUUCAGAUAUGAUGAACCAGCAUGAACGAGAUUCGACCGGUUUAAACGGAAUGAAUCAUCAUGAAGAGUCUGAGAGUUCAAGAACAAAUGAAGAUAAUCGAAAUAUAAACACGAACCAUCACAAAGGUUGUUUUUGGUCGAAGAUUAUAAAUUCUGUUGGAAGGAGAGAAACUGAAAUGAUGCCGAACGGAAACUUUAAUGGUCACGAAGGAAAUCAUCUUUGGCAUUACAUUGGGGCACAUCCUAUGAUGGAUCACAACGUGCACCAAUGGACAAGUCACGAUCAUGCAUGGCAUCCAAUGAAUCACGAUUCAAAUAUUGGUCAAAGUGAACAUUUCAAUAUGAUUCCCAAUGAUGUCAAUUGGGGAAGAUCCAUUUGGAAUAACAACAAUGAGCAUGGAAACUUAAUAAGCGCAAAGAUACAAAAUGAAUUCACGAAAGUUGAUGGAAGUAAGCAUCGAAAAAAUCUUUUCCUCCACAACUUUUACCGACGUGGUCGACGUUACAGUAGAAGUUCAAGUUCUUCAUCAUCAUCGUCAUCAUCAUCGGAAGAUUAUGAUUUUGGAAGACGUAGAAGAAGAAACAGACGUCGCUUUAAUAGAUUUCGAAAUCGAAGACGAUUUUAUUGGCAGAGAUUUAACAAUCGCAACUUGAUUGGAAAUACAAAUCAGUGGAGUUCUCCAAUUCAUCAAGGAAACAAUCACAACGGAUACAAAUGGAUAAGUUUCAAUACUUCUAGAAAGAAUCAAAGUUCACAUGACUCGAAUGUCAACAAUGAAACUGAAAAUAUUGAAACAUUGCAUCAUAAUGACGGUAAACCGAGUUUGGGUCCAGCAAAAAUCACAACAAUUCAUCAUCACCAUCAUCACAUUCAUUUUCAUGAUUGUGACGGCAUCAGUCGAAGCAGAAGUAAAUCCUUCAGCGACAGUAAAAGUUCGGAAGAAUGUGGCAAGAAAGAAAGUCGUGAAGAUUCCAGAAAGCCAAUUCGAAUGAGUUUGGGAAGCACUCGAGUGAAGAAAUGA